AUGAAUCAGCAAGAAUUCACUGUUAUUAGAGGAGAGCGCUAUGAUCUGAAGAAACCCAAAGAUUCCGGGAUCCUUCGAGGAGACGGCUCAUUCACAGACAAGACUAUGAAUCAUCUAGAGUUUGUCGUCACCAAGGGAGAGCGCUAUGAUGUAAGAAGGCCUGAAGAUUCCGAUGUUUUGAAAGGGACCGGCUUAUUCAGGGAAAUGACCAUGUACCAGAAGGAUUACUCUUCUGGGAAUGGAAAACAGCGUAGCCGAAGCUUGAACAGGGAACUCAGUAAUCUAAGAACAGACUCAGCAGGCAGCAAAUUGGUGGAGAAGAAAACGAUCAGCAGCACUACGCAAUUUCGUAAUGGUAAAGACUCGAGGCUGUUCCAAAUCCUUAGGGAUGACGGUCACGCAGCCUGUAAGGAACUUGGUUAUGCUGGACCAUCUUCUGCCCAACUUUUCAAGGACUUCUCUUAUCGUCCUGUUUUAUGCCCAGCGGGAGAACUAUUAAAGUCAAUACGUGUAAAUCAUUCGGACACAUCGCAUUUCCACUUUGAAAAAUAUGACAAGGGUCACCAUUACUAUCGUUCCCGUUCCAAUGAACAUUAA